UGUAGAAACGCAGAAAGAAAAUCUCGAGAGAGAGAGAGAGAGAGAGAGAGAGAGAGAAACGCAGAAAGAAAAUCGAGAGAGAGAGAGAGAGAGAGAGAGAGAGAUGGGAACAUCGGUUCAGGUGAAGCCGCUGUGUGGAGUGUACAACGAGAACCCGCUUUGCUACCUUGUCUCAGUAGACGGCUUCAACUUCCUCGUCGACUGCGGAUGGAACGACCACUUCGAUCCCUCUCUCCUUCAACCCCUCUCCAGGGUGGCCUCAAGCAUAGAUGCGGUCUUGCUAUCGCAUCCGGAUACCCUUCACCUUGGUGCUUUACCAUAUGCAGUCAAACAAUUUGGCCUAUCUGCUCCUGUCUAUUCAACAGAACCCGUACACAGAUUAGGUCUGCUGACUAUGUACGAUCAAUAUGUCUCGCGAAAGCAAGUAUCAGAUUUUGAUUUGUUUACGCUGGAUGACAUUGAUUCCGCUUUCCAAAACGUCAACAGACUAACCUACUCUCAGAAUUUUCAUCUUUCUGGAAAGGGAGAAGGAAUAGUCAUCGCACCUCAUGUUGCUGGGCAUCUAUUGGGUGGUACUGUUUGGAAGAUAACGAAAGAUGGGGAGGAUGUUAUUUAUGCCGUUGACUUCAACCAUCGCAAAGAGAGGCUUUUGAACGGAACUGUUUUGGAAUCUUUUGUUCGGCCUGCUGUUCUAAUAACAGAUGCUUAUAAUGCUUUAAAUAAUCAGCCCUCUAGGCGUCAAAGGGACCAAGAAUUCCUAGAUGCUAUCUUGAAGACUCUUAGAGCAGAUGGCAAUGUAUUGCUACCUGUUGAUACUGCUGGCCGUGUAUUGGAGCUACUUUUAAUACUGGAACAGUAUUGGACCCAGCAUCACUUGACCUAUCCCAUCUUCUUCCUCACUUGUAUUUCAUCAAGUACAAUUGAUUAUGUGAAGAGUUUCCUUGAAUGGAUGAGCGAUUCAAUAGCGAAGUCAUUUGAGCACACUCGUGACAAUGCUUUUCUUCUUAAGAAUGUCACUCUUCUCAUCAACAAAAGUGCAUUGGAUAAGGUUCCUGAUGGUCCAAAGAUUGUACUAGCAUCAAUGGCCAGCUUAGAAGCUGGUUUCUCACAUGAUAUAUUCGUGGAGUGGGCUCCUGAUGUCAAGAAUCUUGUGCUUUUUACAGAAAGAGGCCAGUUUGGCACAUUAGCCCGCAUGCUUCAGGCAGAUCCACCUCCUAAAGCUGUUAAAGUCACCAUGUCUAAGAGGGUUCCUUUGGUUGGGGACGAGUUAGCUGCUUACGAAGAAGAGCAAAACCGUAUAAAAAAGGAGGAAGCUUUAAAAGCUAGUCUUAUAAAAGAGGAGGAAUCAAAAGCACCCCAUGGAUCUCAUCUUUCCGUGGGUGAUCCAAUGGCGAUUGAUGACAGCAGUACUCAUGCGAAGUCAGAUGUUCCUGCCCGGUAUGAUGGUGUGUACGGGGACAUAUUUACUGAUGGGUUUACUCCACCUUCCUCAAGUAUUGCCCCAAUGUUUCCCUUCUAUGAAAACUCAUCUGAAUGGGAUGACUUUGGUGAAGUCAUCAAUCCUGAUGAUUAUGUAAUCAAGGAAGAAGACAUGGACCAAGGAUCAUUGCAGGUUGGCGGAGAUCCAAAUGGAAACUUGGAUGAAGGUUCCGCUAGUUUAAUACUUGACACGGCACCUUCAAAAGUUGUGUCUUAUGAAUUGACUGUCCAAGUGAAGUCUUCGUUGCUUUACAUGGAUUAUGAGGGCCGUUCUGAUGGCCGCUCAGUUAAAUCGAUUCUAGCUCAUGUGGCUCCUUUAAAGCUUGUGCUGGUGCAUGGAUCGGCAGAGGCCACUGAGCAUUUGAAGCAACACUGUUUAAAACAUGUUUGCCCCCAUGUGUAUGCUCCCCAAAUUGAAGAAACAAUUGAUGUCACCUCAGAUUUGUGUGCUUACAAGGUGCAACUUUCUGAAAAAUUGAUGAGUAAUGUGCUCUUGAAGAAGCUUGGAGAUCAUGAAAUAGCUUGGGUUGAUGCUGAAGUAGGGAAGACAGAUAGUGACAUGCUUUCUGUGCUUCCUCUAUCAACACCAGCUCCACCGCACAAGUCGGUCCUUGUUGGUGAUAUAAAAAUGGCAGAUUUCAAGCAGUUUCUUGCAAGCAAAGGCGUGCCGGUUGAAUUUGGUGGUGGAGCCUUACGGUGUGGGGAGUAUGUGACACUGCGCAAAAUUGGAGAUGCGACCCAGAAGGGUAGUGGUGCUGGAAUCCAGCCGAUCAUUAUCGAAGGCCCCUUGUCGGAGGAGUAUUAUAAAAUUAGGGAGUAUCUGUAUUCACAGUUUUAUUCUCUGUAAGAUGCAAAAUUGAAGAACACUUCGACGUAUAUAUUCAGGUUAUUGAAACACCAUACCGUUCAGAGUUUUCCACCACUCUUGCAUUUCCGAGUGUGGAGUCUUUCACAAAUUAGUUGUUCGUGAUUGGAGCCUUGCCCCAGCCGCCGGUGAGAUUUUCUCCAAAUUGCAAUCACAAUCAUGGAUAAACUAACAAUGUGGACGAAAUACCCUGUAAAGCCAACGGAACUUGUUUCAUUAUGUAGAGUAGAACUGCAAGCAGAUUCAGAUUUGAGGCAUAGUUAUUAUUUUGUGAAAGAUUAUCUGUUGAAUUUUGUUACAACUUUCAACUUCAUGUGCAGCAGGUCUCCUUUUAUAUUGGUUUGUU